GCGUCCGUGUCUCGGCUGCUGUUGCCGCCGCACGCCGUUCUGUACCCUCUGGAGGUGGGCGAAAGAGUGAGAGAGCGCGGGGGAGGAGCCGAGCCGGGCGCGUCCCGGGAGCGCCGCCACCGCCCCCAGGAGUCCGCUGGAGCGCGGAGCCCCCUGCAGGGGAGGAGGCGAGCAGCGGGCUGGACGCGGCGGCGGGCGAGCACCAUGCAGUCCUGGCGGGGCCAGCGCCGGCUGCUCCCGGUGCAGUGAGGCAGCGGGAUCCCCUGGCUGCCGCACACCGCCUUCCUCUCGCCCAGGUGCUUCCAGGCGCGCUUGCCCUUCGUCCGGCUCCCGGACCCCGGUGGAACGCACGGCCUGCUCCUGCUCUGCCCCGCUCGGAUCAUGCGGGGGGCCCCGGAGGAGGAGAGGGCGAGUGACCGGCCUGUGGCGACCGCGUUCAGGGUGCGACCCCCUCUCUGAGACGCCCCCACCUGCUGCCAUGUGCCGCGCCUCGGAUACCCAGCCUAUCGUCAAACUUUCCGGGUGCCAGCCCGUCUCGAAGUCGCAUUUCUGAGCUAGUGUCCCAGGGACGGAGCACCCAGGCUGGCUGCCGACUAUCUGCUUCUCUUGGGAUCCGCGAAGCUUCUUUUUUAAAGAGUACUUUCCCUGGAAUCGGAGCCCUAACCGUCCCUCCCCACCCUAUCUGGCGAAGAGCAGAGCGCUGCCUGCGGAGGCAGCGCCUUCCCGAAACAGUUUAUCUUUGGACGGAUUUAAGAGAAAAAGAAACCAACAGGUUGCCAGCCCCGGCGCCACACACAAGUCGGCGGAAAGGCCGGCCCGGUCUUCCCUGGCUGCGUGGGCCAGCGCGGGCUGCGGCAGGCGAGGCGAGCGGAGGGAGGGGGCUAUGGCUCGGCCUGACCCGUCCGCACCGCCUUCGCUGCUGCUGCUGCUCCUGGCGCAGCUGGCGGGCCGGGCGGCGGCUGCCUCCAAGGCCCCAGUGUGCCAGGAAAUCACAGUGCCCAUGUGCCGCGGCAUAGGCUACAACCUGACGCACAUGCCCAACCAGUUCAACCACGACACGCAGGACGAGGCUGGCCUGGAGGUACACCAAUUCUGGCCGCUGGUGGAGAUCCACUGCUCGCCGGACCUGCGCUUCUUCCUGUGCUCCAUGUACACGCCCAUCUGCCUGCCGGACUACCACAAGCCGCUGCCGCCCUGCCGCUCGGUGUGCGAGCGCGCCAAGGCCGGCUGCUCGCCGCUCAUGCGGCAGUACGGCUUUGCCUGGCCGGAGCGCAUGAGCUGCGACCGCCUCCCGGUCCUGGGCCGCGACGCCGAGGUCCUGUGCAUGGAUUACAACCGCAGCGAGGCCACCACGGCGCCCCCCAGGCCCUUCCCGGCCAAACCCACCCUCCCAGGCCCAGCGGGGGCCCCGGCCUCCGGGGGCGAGUGCGCCGCCGGGGGCCCGUCAGUGUGCAAGUGCCGGGAGCCCUUCGUGCCCAUCCUGAAGGAGUCGCACCCGCUCUACAACAAGGUGCGCACGGGCCAGGUGCCCAACUGCGCGGUGCCCUGCUACCAGCCCUCCUUCAGCCCCGACGAGCGCACGUUCGCCACCUUCUGGAUUGGCCUGUGGUCUGUGCUGUGCUUCAUCUCCACCUCCACCACGGUGGCCACCUUCCUUAUAGACAUGGAACGCUUCCGCUACCCUGAGCGUCCCAUCAUCUUCCUGUCUGCCUGCUACUUGUGCGUGUCGCUGGGCUUCCUGGUGCGCCUGGUGGUGGGCCAUGCCAGUGUCGCCUGCAGCCGCGAGCAUAGCCACAUUCACUACGAGACGACAGGCCCUGCGCUGUGCACUGUCGUCUUCCUGCUGGUCUACUUCUUUGGUAUGGCCAGCUCCAUCUGGUGGGUCAUCCUGUCGCUCACCUGGUUCUUGGCAGCUGGCAUGAAGUGGGGCAACGAGGCCAUCGCGGGCUAUGCACAGUACUUCCACCUGGCCGCGUGGCUCAUCCCCAGCGUCAAGUCCAUCACAGCGCUGGCACUGAGCUCCGUGGACGGGGACCCCGUGGCCGGCAUCUGCUACGUGGGCAACCAGAACCUGAACUCGCUCCGCGGCUUCGUGCUGGGCCCGCUGGUGCUCUACCUGCUGGUGGGUACCCUCUUCCUCCUGGCGGGUUUCGUGUCGCUCUUCCGCAUCCGUAGCGUCAUCAAGCAGGGCGGCACCAAGACGGACAAGCUGGAGAAGCUGAUGAUCCGCAUCGGUAUCUUCACGCUGCUCUACACGGUGCCGGCCAGCAUCGUGGUGGCCUGCUACCUGUACGAGCAGCACUAUCGCGAGAGCUGGGAGGCUGCGCUCACCUGCGCGUGCCCAGGCCCAGACGCCGGCCAGCCGCGCGCCAAGCCCGAGUACUGGGUGCUCAUGCUCAAGUACUUCAUGUGCCUCGUGGUGGGCAUCACGUCGGGCGUCUGGAUUUGGUCCGGCAAGACUGUGGAGUCGUGGCGGCGCUUCAGUAGCCGCUGCUGCUGCCGCCCGCGGCGGGGCCACAAGAGCGGCGGCGCCACGGCCGCCGGGGACUAUGAGGCGAGCGCGGCGCUCACGGGCAGGACCGGGCCGUCGGGCCCCCCCACAGCCGCCGCCGCGGCCGCCGCCUACCACAAGCAGGUGUCCCUGUCCCACGUGUAGGAGGCCGAGGCCCAGAGGGGCCGGGAGUUGAGGGAGGGGGGGUGUUUUGUUUGGUAGCUUUGCCAAGUUCACUUCCGUUUACCUUCUUGGUGCUGAUGCCCCCUCCUGGGGCAACUUGGAGAGCGGGGGAAGGGGCCCUUUCAAGGGAGUACCUGUCCCGGGACUUCUCAAAGGGGCUCAGCUCACGUGUAUUCUAUUUUGCGUUUCUUAACUACCUUUUUUUUUUUUAAGGGGAACCCUGUUUUUAAUUUAUAUGUAGUUUUCUUAAUUUUUAACUUUGUUGCAUUUUGGCAACAAAAUUUACCUUUGCUUUGGGGGCUUUACAAUCCUAAGGUUGGCAUUAUAAUGAAGUUCCGCUUGGUUCAGGUUUCUUUGAACUGUGUGGUCUAAAUUGGGAAAAUAUAUUUCCUAUACCUGUGUCUUUAAAAAAAAAUGUGAACAUUGAAAGCUUAGGUUUGCUAUGACUGGGAAGUUGUUGGGUGUGCUUUUUCAGCUUGUUUUCUCUUUUCACUGCUUAAAGUGUCCAAGAUGCUUUAAGGUGAGCUGCUUGUCUCUGUUCAUAGUCCCUAAAUUAGGGGAAACCCCAAUUCAUGCCACGGAGGGGGAGCAUAAUGUGGUUAGGGCCUCCCCAAAGUGACAAGGUUAGUGUUGAACGAUUUUGUGUGCCAUUCUAGCUUUGUUUAUUUAUCGAACUUCGGUUUCUUUUCUCUAGUACUUGUAAUCAUUCUUAUUCUUAACAGCACCCAGCGUUGUCUUGAGUAAGUUAGAGGUGGCAUUAUAGAGGGCCGAUAUAAAUAUUUGGAAAAGUGAAAACCUAAGGGAUGGUGUUUGGUUGAGCUUGAAUUCUAGACUGAUAAAAUGGCAGCUUUGUGCCAGAGAAGGAGUGGGUGGUUCUUAAUAGGCUUCAGUGAUCCCAAUUUUUUAAAAAAGGAACUUGUGUUCUGAUUUUGGUCAAAGUAAACCCCCACUCCCUUCUUCUGGAAGUACUUAGAGAUAGUUGUUAAAGGGACUGCUUUUUAGAUUUAAGGACUAAAAUGGAUAUACCUCCAGUAAUUAAGUAAAUUUCCAACACUUAUCUGCUCCACCCCCAUCCCACCUCCUUUAUCAUGUUAAACAGUCUUUUUGCUUUUCUUAUUCCUCCUCUCCUGGAGAGCUGUGAUUAAGAAACCACACCCACCCUUGAAUGAGGUGCUUGGACUGGGGGGAGGGAGGCUGGCUACCUGUGAACAAACAUUGGCAGCAAUGAGGGGAAAUAAGUGUCCCUGGACUUUGGACUAGUUUAAUAGCCAAUAUUCCCAAAGCAGCAAAACACGGCUUUCUGCAGUCUCUCAAAACCAAUGACACCCAUAAUACACUUAUGUAAGCUUUUAAAAUAUGGGUCAGGGUCCUGCUACUGCGGGAAAAUAGCUGUCUUCUCUCCCCCACAUCAGUUUGUUUCUCCCUCCCUCUCUCUCUUUUUUUUCUAAGAAAGCCUAUCUAUCGAUGAGCACACACUUGCAUGCACCCACAUGCAAAUACACAUGCACUUUGCUAUGAGAGAAUUCUGUUUGCUUUCCUCGAUCUGCUUAACCAUUCUUAUACGAAAGUCUCUAUAUGAACACACACACACACACACACACACGGGUUUCUUUACUAUUAAAGAAUUCUGUUUGCUUUUCUAAUCUGUGUAACUGUUCCUUCAUGAAGAGUGUGAGGCCACGACUUGGGGAAGGAGGUGAUAGUGCAUUGGCCAGCAAAAUACCAGUGACCAGGGUUGAGUGGGGACUACAUUUAGGAAGCUAAAAUGGCAAAAACAAUUAAAUUUUAGAAUGGCUUCCUAGGAAAAUGACGAGUCUAGGCAUUUGUGCUUCAUUUAUACCAAAGUUGGAAAAAUAAGAUUUAAAUCCAGGUCAGUUUUUACUUCAUGGGUAUUAAGAAAAGAAAUGCAUAGCUCCUAUAGUGAAUUGAAACACUUUGCUGCAGGGAGAAGCCUGGUAUUGGAGUUUGGGGAAUCUCAAAAGCGGUUUGUGUUUAUAAAAAUGCACAAGUUAAAAUUUCAGUGGAUUCAACACAACUUAGUACAUAGAGGUACAUAACUUCUUGCUCGUCUUGUUCCUGUCCUUACUCGGAAGCUGCUUCUUAGAACCUUGGAGGAGAUCCCCUGUCUGAGGGCCAGUUCUUCUGUUUUUCAAAUGAGGACCUUUCCUGAUCACCUUGACCUCUUCCCUCAUUUAGUGUGUCUUCCCAGAAAGUACAAAGAUUGUUCUGCUGCCUUCAGUCCUUGUGCUUAAUUUGCCUUGUCCCCCUUACUUCUUUUUCUUUGUGCGGGAUCUAGAAACGAUGCACAGUGUAUCUAAAAGUGUGGCACGAAAUGGAUGAAAGUGGGUUAAUUCUUCAUUUUAAAAAAUUUUUUCAUUGUGACAACAUGCCAAGCCUGAAAGAACAACCAAUUUACUUAAAAAAAAAAAAAAAAGGCUGUUGACAAAGGAUACUAAGCCACGGAGAGGCAAUAUAGGUAAUGCCUUUUGGGGUCUAGCUGCAGAACCAACUUUCUGAGGUGCCCCUCUGUUUUUCAGUCUGUGUUCUCACCCCUGCCCUUCCUCUCCCUUCCCUCACAGGUAAAGCCCACCUUCCUCCCUCAAGUCUUAAUACUGUCAACCACCCCGCCCCUACCCAGUGGAGAGAGGUCAGAGCUACACUAUUCUCCCUUGAUUUGCAUUUUUAUUAUGCAAACAAUCCAUACUCAUGAAAACAAAUAAAAUGGAAGGUUGUGGGGGGGGGAGUCUAGCAACUUCUUCACAGAUAGCUUUGUGAAGUUGGAGAGGAUUUAUGGUUCAGUUUAAUGUCACAUGCACAGCUUCCAGGCUGUCCCUUUCACAGUUCCGUUUUGAGCAUUGUUUCACUUUAUAGAUUGGGGGUGAACACUUAGAAGGUUGUCUAAAGGAACUAAUGUGACUUCUUAGUGAAUCAGUUGGCCAGACUUUAGGAAGCCUCUUUAACUUGUAUUAUUUCCCUCCUCACAUUUUGAUGUUUUCUAAAUUGGCUGAAAAUAAUUUUUCUUGGUGCCUUAUUGGUUUAUCUUUGCAAACCUUUGUCAUCUUUCCACAUGACCGUUCCCAGUGACAGGCCUGUGUGUGUGUGUGUUGUGUGUAAUUGUGCGCAUGUACAAGCUUCAAUAAUGUGCCGACAGCACCGUUUCCAAGUUGGUAUUCAUUAGGCUGUUUCUUCCUGGGCCAGGGCUGCACUAAUCCCGACACUGGCUGCCAGGAGAAAACCUCAUGGAUCCCACCCUGAACCUUAAUAACAGCAUCUGUGACCUGCACUCUCAAGCACAGAAUGGGAACACCAGAGCUAGGAAAUGUAGUUGUAUAUUUUAAUGAACUGCUACCCCUGCUAACGGGGCUUCUUUCACUUUUGUGCUCUGCAGAAAGACCAAGGGGGGCAGGAGGGACAAAGCUCUGAAUAACUGCUUUCUAACACCAAAUGCGGCAAACAGGACAAUGAGCGUCACAAAUCUAGGCAGGUGUGAGGUACAGUGGCUGAGAAUUGUCAGCUCCCUCUCUCUGCAUGCCCUUUCUUGCCUCCAAAGUCCAGUCCAGUGAUCCUGGGAAGAAAAUAUGCCUGGAUUGGGGGAGGGUGAUUCUGAGGGGAAAAAGCUACCGAGACAUUAAAGCGGGGCAAAGGGUGGGCAGGAUGUAAGUAAGUAACGUGACUCAGAACUCUGGAAGGCUUCUAGCAGCUCAAUGACAAUUAUAGGAUUUAUUUCAGCCCGGAUACUGUCUGUGCUACAUCAUUUUGAAACAAUAUUACUUCAUGUGUUACAAACUGUGUGUAUAGUAUGUGUGUGUUGUGGGUGUGUGUAUACAUAAUAUAUAUUAUAUAUAUAUAUGAGAGAUUUAGUGACUUUCGAUACGGGUUUGGUGCAGGUGAAUUUAUUACUGAGCCAAAUGAGGCACAUACCGAGUCAGUAGUUGGGAGUCCAGGGCAUUCAGUACUUUUUCUGACGUUCACAUAUGUGGAGUGCCUAUCAUGCAGCGUCCUCACUGUCGUGUCCAAUCCAGAACUCACAAAUCAGAGCCAGCGAUAUUUUAUUUGUAGACAAUCAACUUGAAUCUAUAAAUUAUUAUUGGCAGAUGAUUAUAAUUUUGAAUCCACGACAUUAACAAAAGGAAACCCAGAGCAUCUUGGUAAGUUGUGUUUCUUGUUUUGUUCCUGGAAGUCCGUAGAACAGUGGUUGUGUUAGUCUCAAGAUACUUAAUUUGCUGACCUUAUUAUUUCAGAAAAGAUUUUGUAUGUAUUAUAUUUGUGGGAAGGUAAAAUAAUGGUUUGAAAUUUUUAUCAAAUAUGGAGAGUAGUUAUUUAUGAAAAACAAAGAAAUGUCUAUUUUUGUUUCUUUGUUCCCGAUUGAUGUAGAUACAUUUUAAAGUGCAUUAAAGCAAUGGGAAAGAAAAUAAAA